AUGGAGCAUGUAUCCACAUUAUGUGCCAUUAGCACCGUUGGUAUUGCAGCAACGGGCUUCGCGUUCGGUCGGGUGGAUCGAAGCCCCUCCAAGCCCAGCAGGUUCCGUAAGAGGACCCUCCCACUCCAUGAUCAAUGUGCGACGGCGACAGACAUACCUGAAUCUCCAACCUCGAACUGGGUACACCCAGCUCUGCGCAAGCCGUCCUCAACUGCAGCUGCCGAGUCCCCGCUCGAAGCAGAAUUCUCCCAAGGCCAUGAAGAUGGCCAUUCUAAUACAACACAGCGGGAGGUAUCGAAACAUUCGAGAAACCCAUCAUUUGCAGGUAUAAGACUGCGUCGCCGUGGACAAACGCUGGCUGGCCCUCCGCUAUUAGCCAACGAUAGCCCUGCCGCAGUCUCGCACGUAAUCCGGCGACCAUCAACCUCCUGGAUGCGACGACUUUCAUUUCAGCCAGAGAAACGUAGCUCAUACCAGUCGCCCGUUUCUUUGUCACCCAGCGGCCCAGCUGUUCCAGUCAGUCCCCGGACUUCCACGCAGCGCAGGCUUCAUAAAAUGCUCAAGCGGCCUCUGUCGCAACAUGCUAACAUUCAACCGCCUCUGGACGUCACCCCACCAAGUCCGUCCACGGUCAAUUUCCGCAGGCCUGCUACCAGUUAUCAGCGAUCGGAGAAGUUUGGUCACAAGGCAACACAUAGCUUGAAUUUCGAACCGAACUUGAUGUUGUCUUCCCCAUCUACCUCUGACAACAUUAUUGCGCCCUCUGAGGACCAUGCAUGGCGACCAUACAUAAGUGCCACCCUGGAUGGGCUGUCGGAUAGACUGGCUCGCAGAUUCUCCGCAGCAACAAAGCCAAGAGAUCAAGGACUACGACGAAUCGUCCCGAAUAGUGGCUCUGUCCCAGCACUUCUUCUGGCUACCUCCAUCACGACAAAGCAAGCUGCAACGACUAGCGGCUUAGUUGGCUCAAAUUCUGCCUCACUAGUCCAGUUCCGCGACCCAUUCACUUCUGGUGACAAGGCUUCGCAACCGCCUGAUGAUCACAUACCACCGGAAAGGGCUGGUUGUGAAGCAGCAUUUCGUGCUGAAGAUGCAGAUCCUCGAAGCCUCCCGACACCUUUCAUGCUCACCGCGAGUAUUCAUGGCUCUGGGCACAGCCCACGGGUAUUCCCAAAGAGACGGGCGAUUUCGACGCCCCUUCCGUUCGGUAUGAGCACGGAAGGAACUAUCCUAGCGUCAUCUAGACGCCGUGAAAAGCGUAAUAUAACGGAUCCAACAUUUUUCACCCGCCCGUCACCCACCUUACAAGCGGGAAUCCCUAUGUCAUUGAUGACGGAUGUUCUCGGUUCACGACACAGGGCCUUACCUUUCCAUCUUCAUAAUCCUGGAUCAGACAUGGCCAACUUUCAUGAUAUUGGCGCACGCCCUUUCACGUCAGAUGCGGUUCCUCUAUCCAGACUUCAAACUUCAAUUCGCCAGCGGCCCAAACGUCAUUCACUAGCUGCAUCAGAACUUGCGUCCACGGUGAUCGGAUCCGACGAGACGAAUAUUUUCACGUCUGGCGAUGAGGACGAAACAGACUUCCUGAGCGAUACUGCCUUUGAUUCAAUUCGUACCCAUGUGACCACCAGUAGCAAUCCAGGUCUCUAUGCGCCUCGAAUUGAAAGCAUCUUUGGUGCUCGAGUACCUCCCGGGGAGACGAACCCCUCGAAGAGUGAAGGGCCGAAUAUGUGUGGUUCCAACACCUUGCCCUCGCUGUCUAGGAUACACUGUGACUUGGACGCUCCCCAAGCGCCCAGCAAUAUGCCAUCCCUCGUUUCUGCGGUGCCAACAGACCUGCACGAAGAUGAAAGCAGUAUAUCAUUUCCAUCUGAUCUCACAGAUGACGAAGAUGCGCGCAGUUUGUUAGCUGCGCUGCCCAGUGAAUCCAUUGCAACCGCCUCCCUAACGAGAAAAAGCUCGAACCGACCGUAUCCUCUGAAUGAUUUUUUUCUCCAAGGGGCUUCGAGUAGCAUGGUCCAAGCGCAGCCGCCGGUGAUAUCUGAUUCCCGCAGCCUCAAUAAUGACGUGCUUGAUACUUCUCCUAAGAUGAAUAUUUUUGACUGGUCUGAGCAGCCCAGAAGCGACCGUGAGGGUUCCGGACCGGAUGGGCGGCCCCGGACUGUCCAUGGGAAACAUACGCCUGACUCCCGUGGCAGCCGUGCACCCGGAAGGAAAGCUCCCAGCACUUUGCAUCUUCGGAGCCAGAGCGUUCCAGUGACUAGAGAUCCUACAACCAUUAUCGAACAGCGCCAGACAUCAGGUAGCAAGUUCGGGACGUGGGGCCUGGGGAGCAAAGGUGUUAGUGAAGACUGGGACAGCGAUUUCGAAUUUGAAGAUACCGAGGAGGGUCCAGCUACCGAGGCCAGGAAGCCGAACAAGAACCUUCCACGCCGCGGCAUGGUUGUUCCCCCGGCCAUCCUGGAGCGUCAAGCUAGUCUCCAUGGGCAGUUCGGACAGGUUCAGGAGCUGACGUUGCUGGUUGAAGAACUUAAGCGCCUUCGGCACCAGGGAAGUUUUCUCAAUCUUGUUCGGGGCUCCUCCAACGAGCUAUGGAAAGAGGCAGAAGGUAUCGUCAAUCUAGCCACGCUGGAUGAUGACGACCACAACGAUUCCCCGCCUGGAUCACCAUCGUCGCUCACAUUCAGUUUUGAUGAAUCAGAAGGCGAUUCUUCAAAUUCGCAUGAUCCGUGGAAACGAGUCAGCGGAGGCUCUUGGGGGUUAUCGUUCUCGGACAACUCAAAUUCUCGACCUACCACUGCUCCCAGUCAGGAUUACAGAGAGGCCGCAACAAAGCCAAAUUGUGUGCUGGAUCUGAUCUAUCAACAGCGCAACGUAGACGGUUCACCAGUCACCAACUCCCAUCUUCCCCGCUCGAAGAAACUACCCUUCGAUACACAGUCUCUUCGGGAUCUUGUUGUACGCGCUGGCGUUGUGACCCGCGCACUGAAAGAAGAAAUUCGCAGAGCCGAGGGUGUUGCCACGGAACCUAGUGACUUACACCUGUCAGAUCCCCCAUUUAGUCGGAUUUUCGAUCGGCCUCAUAAUGAUGAUGCAACCUCGCAGACCCCGCCUGGAUGA